AUGCGGUUGGCUGGCAGAUGCCUCUUAAUGAAAGCUCUGGAGGUUGCAAAGCACAAGCCGGUUGCUGCCAUGCAAUCCUCUCACGUUGGCGGGAUGCUCUUUGGUUUCGAUAUCUCGUCCAUGUCAGCAAUCAUCGGUACUGAUCAAUACAAUGACUACUUCGACAACCCCUCUGGACUUCGUCAGGGCGCUAUCGACUCUUCCCUCGCUGCUGGAUCUGUAGUCGGUUCCGCCAUUGCAGGUUAUGUCUCCGACAAGAUUGGUCGCCGCGACUCAAUUGCGUUCGCUUGUAUAUGGUGGCUUGUCGGGACUGCUGUCCAAACCGCGAACAACGGUUUUGGGUCCUUGAUUGCAGGUCGGGUUUUAAAUGGAGUCUGCGUUGGAAUUACCAGUUCACAAAUACAUGUCUAUCUUGCAGAAAUCGCCAAAAAGGAAAAGCGUGGACAGCCGAUCGUCAGUCAGCAGUUGGCCAUUGUUGGCCUGCCAUUCCUUCCGCGAUCUCCCAGAUGGCUCGCGAAGGUCGACCGCACCGAGGAAGCUAUUGCGACUUUGGCCAACAUCCAGGCCGACGGCAAUCGUGAUGACCCGCUUGUCGUUGCCGAGUGGGAGGAGAUCACGAUGGUGCUACAGGCAGAGCGCAACGCGCUACCAGGGUGGCGCAAGUUCGUCUACAAUGGCAUGUGGAAGCGCACCCUCGCUGGCUUUACAGUGCAAAUGUGGCAGCAGAACUCCGGCGCUAAUGUGAUGACCUAUUAUGUCGUGUACAUCUUCAUGAUGGCCAAUUUAACCGGCAACAUCAACCUCAUCUCCUCUGGUAUACAGUACGCGCUCUUCAUCAUCUUCACGACCUUCAUCUUCUUCUACAUCGACAAAACCGGUCGUCGUCCGCUCCUGAUCUAUGGUGCUCUCAUUAUGGCACUCUGCCAUUUUGUCGUUGGCGGCAUUCUUUCCUCUGGCGAGUACGUCCCCGGCGGUUCUCACACCGUUAUCGCGUUCUCCUACCUCCUGAUCAUCUUCUACGCUCUAACCCUCGCCCCUGUCUGCUGGGUCUACGCCACAGAAGUGUGGUCCCUAGAAACCCGUGCUACAGGCAUGGGUAUUGCUGCGAUUGGUAAUUGGCUCUUCAACUUCGCUCUAGGUCUCUACAUUCCGCUAGGAUUCCAGAACAUCACCUGGAAGAUGUUCAUCGUUUUCGGUGCCAUGUGUGUCCUCGCAGCUAUUCAUUUCUUCUUCACCUACCCCGAGACCUGUGGCAAGACCCUUGAGGAGAUCGAGGAGAUGUUUGCGCCUGGAGGACCGAAGCCUUGGCAUACGAAGCCUGGUGGCUCGAAAGUUGACGCGCACAUUGAUGCGGUCCGCGCACACAGCAAGCACAUUAAUUAUGACACAAUGGAGGCCAAGGCCGGAGCUGAGGUGAAUGAAAAGGUUGGCUGA